AUGGAGGAGUUUGGCAUGCCACAGUGCUACGGGUGCUACGCCCUGUGCAUUUUCCUUGUUUUCCUCGUCCAUGCCGUGGUCCGCGCUAAGUUCGGCGCGAGCAAGAAGCUCGGGCCGAAGCUGCCUCCCGGACCGUGGCAGCUGCCCCUGAUCGGCAGCUCCCACUGCCUGCUGAGCCGCAGGCUCCCGCACCACCGCAUGCGCAACCUUUCCCUGCGCCACGGCCAGCUCAUGCUGCUCAGGAUCUGUGAGCGCCUCGUCGUCGUCGUCUCCUCCGCCGAAGCCGCGAGGGAGGUGUUCGGCGACACCGCCUUCGAGCAGCGGCCGACCAGCCCGGCGCUCGACGAGCUCUACUCGAGGCACGGCAUGGGGAUCGUCUUCGCGCCCUACGGCGACCACUGGCGGCUGCUCCGGCGGGUCCUCGUGACCGAGCUCCUCAGCGCGCAGCGCGUCGAGUCCUUCAGGCGCAUCCGGGAGCAGGAGGCGGCCCGCCUCGUGUCGUCUCUGCAUGCCACGGCGGCGGCGGCGGCGUCUCCGUCGGACCAGCUCGCCAACAUCGACGAGCGCCUCGCCGUGUUCGUUACGGACUUGGCGGUGCGCGCCAUCUUUGGCGACAUGACGAUGCCCGACCGAGCCGCGCUCCUCGACACGCUGGAGCAGGCUCUGGAGUUCUCGUCGCUCUUCGACCUGAGGGACCUGUUCCCGUCGUCGUGGCUCGUGCGGAUGCUGCCGCGCAACAGCAAGGCGGAGCGGAACAGGCUGGAGGUGGUCCGCCUCAUGGAAGGUAUCCUUCGCAUUCACGAGGAGAGGAGGUCCUCCGGAGAAGCUGCUGCUGCCGGCGAGCAGGACAUGGUCGACGUGCUGCUGAGGAUACAGAGUGAAGGCGCCAUGGGAGUUUCUCUCACGCACGGAAUCAUCAUGGAUAUGCUAAUUGAUGUGUUUGUUGCAGCUAUCAAGGCAACAACAUCUACCCUUCGAUGGGCCAUGGCCGAACUAAUGGCAAAUCCAACGGUGAUGGAGAAGGUUCAGUCGGAGAUCCGCCGCGUCCUCGCAGGUCAGGGUCGAGUGCGCGAGGUAGCUGUAAGAGACAUGGGCUACCUCAAUGCAGUGAUCAAAGAGACUUUACGGCUACACCCUCCUAUUCCACUAACCCCUAGAUUUUGCACACAAGACCGUAAGAUUCAAGGAUACGAUGUGCCAAAAGGGACAAUACUUGUUGCAAACGUAUGGGCAAUCUCUAGGGACCCUAACUACUGGCAAGGCCAAGAUCCAGACAAGUUCAUGCCAGAAAGGUUUGAGGCCGAGCAGACCUUCAACUUCAUGGGGUCAGACUUCGAAUUCAUACCAUUCGGGGCCGGGCGACGAAUUUGCCCUGGGAUAGCUUUCUCGCAAGCAAAUAUUGAGUUUGCUUUGGCUAGCCUCCUAUACCAUUUUGAUUGGGCACUGCCCAAGGGAGUCGGGCCGGAGGAACUAGACAUGACGGAGUCUUGUGGACUUGAAGUGAGGAGGAAGGCCGAACUGCUUUUACGUCCCAUACCUCGUAUUCCUCAGGUAGAUGAAUAA